CGUUGGAGCUUUAUCUGAUAAUUGUAUCAAGCUCGUGUCGGCGAACAGUCGCUGCUGGGGUUUCAGUCUUUCCCAUUAUUUUCAGUCGUCACAGCUGCGAGUCAAACCCUCCUCCAUCAUCCAGAGUCUAUCAUCUUUGUACCUAUUUUAGAAACUCUUGUACUCGUUGCUAAUAUGUCUUCGACUAAAGAUGUCCUUUCAGUCCUAUCAAUCGACGCGAAGCCAUACAUAUAUUCCUUUCCCCUUCAACAUACCGCACUCCUCGUGAUUGAUAUGCAAAGAGACUUCUUGCUCGCAAAAGGCUUCGGGGAGAUUCAAGGAGGUAAUUUGGAGGCCGUCCAGGCUUCGAUUACUCCUACCAGGAAGCUACUUGAGGCAUGUAGAGGUGCUGGGAUGACUAUUGUACACACUCGUGAGGGCCACGUUCCCGACUUGUCGGACUGUCCGUCCUCGAAGCUUGUCAGACAAGCUGCUACUCCCAACAAUACACAGCACAACCUCAUCAUUGGCGAUAAGGGUGAGCUCGGACGACUUCUUGUGCGGGGAGAGUACGGUCAUGACAUUAUUGAUGAAUUGAAACCGCUUCCUGGAGAGGUUGUGAUUGACAAACCUGGAAAGGGCUCCUUCUGGAAUACGGCCAUCUUGCACAAACUAAAAGCUCGAGCAAUUACCCACCUCAUUGUCUCUGGUGUCACGACAGAGUGCUGCUUUGCAACUUCCAUCCGAGAAGCUAAUGACCGUGGAUUCGAAUGCUGUGGUAUCGUGGAGGCUACAAGCGGUUACAACGACAGCAAUUUCAAGCAAUGCAGUCUUGACAUGAUCCAUUGGUCUCAAGGUCUCUUCGGCUUUGUCGCCAACCUCCAACCCCUCCUGGAUGCCCUCACACCUCUUGGAAUCCAAAGCGUCACCGGCAGUUCCACUCCUCCACAAACACCCCCAGACUUUGAUGGCAACCUUACAAUUUCCAGUCUCCAAAAAGCAUUCAAGAACGGCCUUUCUCCAGUUACAGUUAUCGAGGCGCUCUACAACAAAAUCGAAGCCUACCAUAGGGUCGAUCCUGCCGUAUGGAUCUAUCUCGAGUCUCGAGAGAACGCACUUGAUGCCGCAAAAGCCCUCACAGUCAAGUACUCUGAUAGAAGCGCCCUUCCACCCCUUUUCGGGGUUCCAUUCAGUGUCAAAGAUAGUAUCGAUAUUACAGGCUUGCCUACCACAACUGCCUGUCCACCACUCACCCAUGUCCCUUCAGCUUCUGCCGUCGUCUACGACAAAUGUCUCGCUGAAGGUGCCCUUUUCAUCGGCAAGACCAACCUAGACCAAUUAGCAACUGGCCUUACAGGCUGCCGCAGCCCUUACGGUAUUCCCCACUCUGUCUUCCACAAAGACUACAUCAGCGGCGGUUCCAGCAGCGGCAACGCCGUGAGCGUAGGCGCAAACCUCGUUUCCUUCUCACUUGCAACUGACACCGCGGGCUCCGGUCGCGUUCCGCCCGGAUUCAAUGGAGUCGUAGGCUACAAACCUACACGAGGCACGAUUUCAUUCCGUGGUGUAACGCCCGCUUGUCUGUCCUUGGAUUGCAUAGCACUCACCACGCACACCAUUUCAGACGCAAGAUCUCUCUGGCAGAUCCUUGAGGAAUACGAUCCCCUAGACCAGUAUUCCAAACCCGUCAUUUCCUUUGAACGACACAUCAACUCCAUCGGCCCACAAGCCCGAGCCUUCAAAUUCGGGAUCCCACCCCAAAAAGCCCUUUCUCUGUGUUCCUUCCCACAUCGCCGCAAAUUCAAUGAAACCGUCGCCACGCUGCAAAAACUCGGGGGUGUGCUCACACCUAUUGACUGGUCACCCUUUCAAAACGCCGGAAAGCUUCUUUACGACGGGACAUUUGUUUCAGAGCGGCUCGCCUCAUUACCAGACGACUGGCUAGGCAAAAGCCGCUCAUUACUACACCCAGUUAUUGUGCAAUUAAUGGAUGCUGUUGUUGAACGGCAAAGCACCGCCGUGCAAGCAUAUCGCGAUCUCCAGGCCAAAGCAAUCUACACCCGACAAGCCGAACAAGUGUUCUCGUACUCAGCGACUGGGAUUGAUGUCCUCGUUGUGCCUACUGCGCCUACACAUUGGAAGAUAUCGGAAGUGCUUGCAGAUCCGAUUAAGAAGAAUAGCCAUCUCGGCGAGUUCACGCAUUGUGGGAAUGUGCUCGAUUUGUGCGGGGUUGCUGUUCCUGCGGGUACUUACCCUGUCAAAGAGCUCAGUGGGAAUGAGGCUGAUGAAGGUGAACUCCCUUUCAGUGUGACUUUCCUUAGCGGGUCGAGGAUGGAUGCGGAGAUGUUGGAGAUAGCGAGGAGGUUUGAGGAGAGUAUGAAGGAGAAUGCUUGCUAG